CCAACCCCUCAUCCGACGAUAUCCCUUACUUACCUCUGACAUCUCUUCGGCAUUCUCCAACCUCGCGUCGACUCGUCAAGAUGUCAAUAUGACCGACGAAACCACUGCAAAACCUCCUUUGAAUCUCCUUUUGGGUAGUCAAUCUCUCAAAGAGGUGGAUCAAGGUUUGUUAGAUAGUAUCGUACUGACCAAUCGACUUAAACGAACGCCUGAUGUUGUCAUCUGUUCGGCGGAAGCGGCAGGAGGACAUUGUGCCAAUUCCAAUUGUAGCGACAUUCAUCUUUCCCGAUCUCAACCUUCUGAGGAUGAUUUGGUGGAUUAUGUGAUGGAACGUAGACCCAAGAUACCAUCAACAAGGGUUCGAGCAGCUAUCAAGGCCGUCAAGGGACAUGAAGAAUUGCUUACUCUGAAUGGAUCGAGUCCCUUAAAGGUGGAAGAACUGUUGUCUAAAGUUGGAGAUUUGUUGGAUAUUCCUUGAAAGAUGGAAAGGUCAGCUUUCUCUGAAUCUCUCUCUUUCUCUCUGUAUUUCCAUUUUGUUUGCUUCAUUUGCUCGAUCACGGAUACGGGAAUAAAAAGGAAGUUUCAACGAUACGACAAAUGCCAAGGAGUCAAAAAUAGUUUUAUAGCAUAGACUUUGGUCUGUUUGUAUACCCUCAUCGUCAGUCAACCAUGCAUUGUGUUUCAUGAU